GCCGUUGAUCUGAAGAGCGUGUAGGCCGCAAGUCCGCAGUUCACCUCUGCUGUCAGUAUGUUUCCACAUCUAUUUACUCUGAAGGAGGGUGUAAAACUUUGUAAAAGGAGUCCGAUAGGAAAGGAUGAGUCAGUGAAGCUCACUUCUGUCCAAUGACGGCGACACUGAGACGCUGUCAGACUCCGCCUGACCACCUGCUGAUCAUCUGUUGUCUCCUGUCAUCAGUCUCCUGCCUGCACAUAUGCUGCUCAGCUUUAGCAUGUAGAAAGCAGAGAGCUGUUUUUCUGAUACUUUUGGCCAGAUUGUUGUCUGGCUAAAGUCUUUCCUUCCUGCCUCCUACUUUGCUUCCUCAUCUGACCGAUUGUGGCUGAUGUCCUGCCUGCCCACCUGUUAUCAGCUGUCACCAAAAGACAGAGUGUGGGCUGGAUCUGGAUCUAGAUGCCAUUCUGACAGAUCUAUUACUAGAUUUUGAUGGACUGUUUCUAAUUUACUCUGCACAACGUUUCUUGUAUUUACGCUGCCUAGAACCGAAACAUCGACAUUAACCUCAUUACAAAGGGUCAGAAGAUGAAGGAACAAAUGAAGGAUCAGAAGCAGCAGGGCUACUGGCAGGAGAAGGGCCGAUGGGUGGGUUAUGAGGAGAGCUUUGACCCUCAAGCGCAGGUGUGGGCGCCCACUCUCAUCUCUUGCCUCACCUUCAGGAGCCUUAUCCAGCUCAGACGCACCAUGAGCCCAGGUGUGACCAUUUUAGACUGUGAGGAGAAGACCCUGGACACCAUCACAGAGAAGAUGGUCAGUGAGAUGGUUAACAAGAAGGAAAUCAGGUCAGGAGAUCGGGAAGGAGUGCUGAACUCUCUGCUGCAAAACCACAGCCAAACAACUGACCCAGAAAGCCAAAUGUUGACUGGGACUGACCUGCAAAAGUUUUCUGUCAAGGAGAGAACUGAUGAAUCUGAGCAUGUUGAGGCCUCCAUGGUGCUAGUGGGAACCCUGGAUUUUCUGGAGAAGCCCACAGCUGUCUUUGUGCGUCUGAAGGAAGCAGUAGCACUGGACUCAGCGUUGGAGGCCCCAGAGCCUGUACGCUUUGUCUUUCUUCUGAUUGGCCCCAGCAGCAGUGACAUGGACUACUAUGAGACUGGGCGUGCUAUGGCAGCACUAAUGGCUAAUAAAGUGUUUAAUCAGACAGCGCUUCAGGCAAAGAGUGCUCGAGAGCUGAUCAACGCUGUGUCCAAGUUCAUGGACUGCAGCAUCGUGAUCCCACCCACCGAGAUCAAGAGUGAGGCGAUGCUCAGCUCAGUCAUCAACUUUCAGAAGAAACUGCUACAGGACAAACUGCAAAGCUAUGACCUCGUCAACAACGCCAAAGUUUGCAGUGAUUCGAUCGUUUCUGGACCUUCUAUUGAAGAUCCCCUUUCUCGUACUGGUCGACCGUUUGGGGGGAUGAUUCGAGACAUAAAAAGGCGCUACCAGUACUACAAGAGUGACAUCACCGAUGCUCUAAACGCACAGGUCCUUGCUGCCAUCAUUUUCAUCUACUUUGCUGCCCUGUCUCCUGCCAUCACAUUUGGAGGCCUCCUGGCUUAUAAGGUGGACAACAUGAUGGGUGUGCCAGAGCUCCUCAUUUCCACCAGCAUUCAGGGAAUUAUAUUCUGCUUUGUUGCCGCGCAGCCCGUGCUGGUUAUUGGGUUUUCUGGUCCUCUGUUGGUGUUUGAGGAGGCCUUCUAUGCAUUCUGCAAAUCCCAGGGCAUUGAGUAUAUUGUUGGGAGAGUUUGGGUGGGAGCGUGGCUGGUCGUCAUCGUGGUGAUCAUUGUGGCCCUUGAGGGCAGCUUCCUGGUUCGCUUCAUUUCACGAUUCACCCAGGAAAUCUUCUCCAUCCUCAUCUCCCUCAUCUUCAUCUAUGAAACUUUUGCCAAACUCGGGAGGAUCUUCAAGGCGCAUCCACUGAUUCUAAAUUACGAACACGUGAAUACAAGUGCUGAGUAUCCCUGGCACCCAAAGGUCGAAGAGAUUGUCACGUAUGACAAUGCUACCGGCAACAAAACUCUAAUUGUCAACACCAUCAAGCCACCUUACCCCAACACAGCCCUGCUCUCUAUGUGCCUCAUGAUGGGCUGUUUCUUUAUUGCUUACUUCCUGCGUCAGUUCAAGAACGGGACAUUCCUUCCUGGAAAGGUCAGGCGUUUGAUCGGUGACUUCGGUGUUCCUAUUGCCAUUGUCCUCAUGACUCUUGUGGACUACAACGUUCAGGAUACAUACACUCAGAAACUAAUCGUUCCCAAAGGUCUGACGGUGUCCAAUCCUGAAAAAAGAGGCUGGCUCAUCAAUCCUUUCGGAGAGCACAAACCUUUCCCUGUGUGGCUGAUGUUUGCUUCCUGCAUCCCAGCCGUGCUUGUGUUUAUUCUCAUCUUUCUGGAGUCUCAGAUCACAACUCUGAUAGUGAGUAAACCUGAGAGGAAGAUGGUCAAAGGCUCCGGGUUUCACUUUGACUUGCUGGUUUUAGUUGGCAUGGGAGGCCUCAGCGCAAUAUUCGGCGUGCCGUGGCUCAGUGCUGCCACAGUGCGGUCUGUCACACAUGCCAACGCUCUCACUGUCAUGAGCAAAGGACCAAAACCGGUGAUAGAGAAAGUGAUGGAGCAGAGAAUAAGCGGCAUUGUGGUGGCCUUGCUUGUUGGUCUGUCAGUUCUCAUGGAGCCCAUCCUAAAGAUGAUUCCCAUGGCAGCCUUGUUUGGGAUCUUCCUCUACAUGGGAAUCACGUCAUUAAACGGCAUCCAGCUGUGGGAUCGUAUCCAACUUCUUCUCAUCCCAAAGAAAUACCAUCCUAAUGAACCCUAUGCUACCAGAGUGAGCACAGGACGGAUGCACCUGUACACGGCCAUCCAGAUUGUGUGUCUAGGAGUUUUGUGGCUUGUGAAGUCCAGUCAGAUGUCUCUGGCGCUUCCCUUCGUUCUCAUCCUCACCAUUCCUCUGCGCAUGUUUAUGACCGGGCAUCUCUUCACCAUACUGGAAAUGAAAUGCUUGGAUGCUGAUGAUGCCAAAGUGACAUUUGAGGAGGAGCCUGGGAAGGACGUGUACUGUGAAUCUCAGAUGCCAUUGUAGAUGUUUUCCAUGACAGACUUUUUUAAUGAAUGGAUAUUUAUUUUAUAAGUGGCUUAAGUUUUUCGUCUUAGCACAAAAAUACUUUAAAUGUUGGGAGUUUUUCACAUACCUGUAAAACUGUUAAAGCCAACUGUUAAACUGUAAAUUUAGCUGUCGUAAACUAUCACUCAGGUAAAUCAUUUGCAUAACUGAACCUGGAAAUAUUCUCAUUUACGUGCUUUUACAAAAAGGAGAAAAAAAAGGAUGUGCAUUUCUAUUCUAUUUCUAUUUCAAUUCUACAUGUGCCUUCUGUCCAGAAGCAGAGAGCUCGAAAGCUGAGUGUAAAAUUGUAGGUAUAAAAGCCAUAAAAGUUUGUUCUUUCCAAGCAACUGCACACUGAAUGUAAUAAAUGGAUGCUUAAGUUAUUAUUUAAAAGAUAAAAUCUGUAUGAAUAUUGUGUAAUAUAUUAUGAUAAAUGAUGUGUAUAUACUGUAGCUGGAAUGAUAGAAGAGCUUAUGCUGGAAAGAAAAAAGGACAACACAAGUGUGUGGCAAUACGAGGAGAGAUAUAAUAUUGUGUAUAAAGUAAUUAUAUUGUGUGUUGGGCUUUCUUCUUUUCAUAUCUAUGUAAUUAAAAAACUAUCUUCUGUAAAAA